GCUUCCCCUUGCCGACUUCAGGGUGUUUCCAGCCGCGGAGGAGCCUGCGGGGACUGCCGCUUCCGCCUUGACGUGGUGCUGAUUGCGAGGAAUCUGCUAUGGAUGGGGAAAGCGAAGUGGAUAUCUCCAACAACAACGUAACGCCGCUGUGGAAGAGGAGGUCGAUCCCGCCGCCUCAGUUACAUGCCAAGAGCAAGCCUAGACCCCAGUCUUACCAGAGCCCCAACGGGGUCCUUUUCACUGACUUCCCAGUGCAGGUGGCUGCUGCUGCGCGCGGCCGAGGCGCCCGGAGGAGCCCCCUGCUCUUCAACUCCAGCGUGGGGUCUGUGCCAAACGGGAAAGCUCGGUCUCCAGCACACACAGCUGUAUCGCCUCAGUUGUCUUCUGAACAGGCCUCUCAGAUACUCAGCCUGGUUUCAAAUAAUUCUGUAAGUUUUACAGCUAAUGGUACAGUUACCUCACCAGGAAACAGCCUGGUUCAUCCCCUGAGGAUUUCCAGUCAGUCGGCACUUAUGCCAGAGCAAGAACAGAUUGUUUUUACACCUAGUCCUCAGUCCUCACCCACUGGAAGCACACCUUCUCCGAAUAACAACACAGCAGCACUGCAGCUGCAACCCAGCCAGCUUUUUCAAAGAGCGGAGAAAGUGCCUGUGGGGCCCCCACUGGUUUCCCAGGCAAUUUCCCCGGAGCAAGGCUUAACUCUUCAAAGACCGCCGUCUGCUCAGAACCAGCUGGUGGAGAAGCAGUCCAUAGUCCUGAGCACCAACAGUCCCGCGGCACUUAAAGUGGGCAAACAGCAGAUCAUCCCGAAGAGUUUGGCUUCUGAAAUAAGAGUGACAAACAAAACCAGCAGUCAAAAUGCGGAGGCGAGCAAGAGAGUUCUCAAGGUCCGCAGCAUGGUGGAGAGCCUUAGCGUGCCUUUGGUAGCUGAUGCUGACGAGGAGGCAGAAGGGGACCUGGACAGCCCAGGGACACUGAGGCGCGGUUUGCGGUCCACUUCGUACCGCAGAGCUGUAGUGAGUGGCAUUGACUUUGACAGCUCUUCUGAUUUUAAGAAAAAAAACAGAAUGUCUCAGCCAAUACUUAAAGCAGUUGUUGAAGAUAAAGAGAAAUUUUCUAGCUUGGGGAGGAUGAAGAAGAAAAUGCUGAAGGGACAAGGGACGUUUGAUGGGGAAGAAAAUGCUGUAUUAUAUCAGAACUAUAAAGAAAAAGCUCUGGAUAUAGAUUCUGAUGAAGAGUCUGAGCACCGAGAGCAGAAAUCAGAUGAAAAGAUUGUCAUUCACUAUAAUAAGCCCUUGAGAUCAACGUGGAGUCAGCUGUCUGUUGUAAAGAAGAAUGGAUUAUCAGAAACUAUCAGCCUAGAAGAAAGAAAGAGACAGGAGGCUAUUUUUGAAGUAAUAUCUUCUGAACAUUCUUAUUUGCUGAGCCUGGAGAUUCUGAUCCGGAUGUUUAAAAAUUCCAAAGAACUGAGCCUCACAAUGACCAAAACAGAGAGCCACCACCUUUUCUCCAAUAUUACAGAUGUUUAUGAAGCAAGCAAAAAAUUCUUUAAAGAACUUGAAGCAAGACAUCAGAACAACAUCUUUAUUGAUGAUAUUAGUGAUAUAGUUGGAAAGCAUGCUUCUUCAACUUUUGAUCCAUAUGUAAAAUAUUGCACUAAUGAAGUCUAUCAGCAGCGAACGCUACAGAAACUACUAGCUACAAAUCCAGCUUUUAAAGAGGUGUUGUCACGGAUUGAGUCCCAUGAAGAUUGCAGGAAUUUACCAAUGAUCUCUUUCCUCAUACUUCCAAUGCAGAGAGUUACUCGUCUUCCGUUAUUGAUGGAUACUAUUUGUCAGAAAACUCCUAAAGACUCACCAAAAUAUGAGAACUGCAAGCAAGCUCUGAAAGAAGUGAGCAAGUUGGUGCGUUUAUGUAACGAAGGUGCUCGGAAAAUGGAAAGAACAGAAAUGAUGUACACCAUUAACUCCCAGCUGGAAUUUAAAAUCAAGCCAUUUCCAUUGGUUUCCUCUUCGCGAUGGUUAGUGAAAAGGGGUGAGUUAACAGCUUAUGUAGAAGACACUGGACUUUUCUCUAAAAGAACUUCCAAGCAACAGGUGUACUUCUUCCUCUUUAAUGAUGUCCUCAUUAUCACCAAGAAGAAGAGUGAAGAGAGUUAUAAUGUCACAGAUUAUUCUUUAAGAGACCAGCUCUUGGUAGAACAAUGUGACAGCGAGGACCUGAAUUCUUCUCCUGUAAAGAACACUUCAGCUAUGCUCUACUCACGGCAGAGCUCUGCAGCUCACCUCUUCAGAUUAGCUGUCCUCAGUAACCAUGCAGGAGAGAAGGUGGAGAUGCUCCUGGGAACAGAGACUCAGAGUGAAAGAGCUCGCUGGAUUACGGUGCUUGGCAAGAACAGGGACCUGCAGAAAACAGACAGGACAACUUUGACUCAGGUAGAGAUCACCAGAACUUACACAGCAAAGCAGUCAGAUGAACUGUCUCUUCAAGUUGCUGAUGUUGUUUUGGUUUAUCAAAAAGUAAACGAUGGUUGGUAUGAAGGGGAACGAUUGCGGGACGGCGAGAGAGGUUGGUUUCCCAUGGAAUGUGCUAAAGAGAUCACGUGUCGUGCCACGAUUGACAAAAACAUGGAAAGGAUGGGACGUUUACUUGGACUUGAAACAAAUGUUUAGACAAUUUUUUUUUUUCCCCUUCUUCCUACUAUUUCUUUACUACAGCAUUUGCACUAACUGCUGUCAGUGGGGGCAUGGUUGCAUGCACUGCAGCUCUAGCACGGAAGAUGUGAGUCAGAGACGCACAAAGUCUAGUAACAGAGGACCGGUCAUCUCCCUAGUUUUGCAUUUUGAGAGAGAUCCGAACUGAAACCUGGCUCAACCAAUAGCACAUUUCAACUACAAGUAGUUUCUUAGGUGUUGGAGAUCAACCCUCUGUUCUUUAGACUUCUUUUUUUUUUUUUUUUCCCCUGCCUCUAUCAAAUGGCUUACUAUGUAUCUCAGCUCAUUUCUUCCAGGAAUUCUUUUUUCCUACCUAUCCUUGACCCCUUGUCUACACGUAAACUACCCUACCAGACUCUCUUAUCUCUGAAUCCCCUUUUUGGCAGUAUAGUUGCUUUUCCAGUAUCUUGUUGGAUAGGCUGCACUUGCCGAUUGAGGGCCCCGUUUUUUAAGUCUCAGUCAUUACAAGCUGCAGAAGAUAUCCAUAUGAAUCACAUGUAAGUAUGUUCUUCCAGCUAGUUUCAACUUCACUCUUAAAUGCCACAACACUCUGGUUCAGAAUUUAAUGUCCAAACUUGCAGUUUGUUUAGGUAUUUAUUUUUCAAAGAACUCUAACUGCUGGAAGUGUGUCCCUUUUGUUUCAGGUUUUCCCUGCGUCUUUAACUAGGACUUCAAAUUACGUUAUUGCCUGCAGAAAACAAAGUUUGGGAGUGGUUUUGUUUGUUUGUUUUUAAACUUUCUGCUCUUCGGUACCAGAGGCGAUGGAUUGGUUCUUUCUGCGGAGGCAAAAAGUUCAAAUGAACUUGAGUUUACCUUCAGCUUUAGCCUGAUCCUGUUGAAUCCACAGGCCAAACAAAAACAAACAAACAAACAAAAAAAAGCAGCAGCGAGUUCUUUAGUGGGUGGGUGUGUUUGGUUAGUUUGGUUUAAGCUGCCAGGUCUUCUCAUCGCUAUUGUAUAAAUGGUAAGAGGAUGAGGAAAGCUGUGGAAGUAGAUAGAUCAGCACCUUGAUUAAUUUCGUAUUUUGCUAUCUCUUUGCCUUCCCAUACAGAAAUGUGACAAUGCUAUUGGAUGCUUCAGCCAAGUGAUAAGGAGGGAGGGAGAAUGAUAGAUAAAAUAAUACUUGGACCUUGUUGUCAGAGUAGCUCAAAUUGGUGCUGCUUCACACAUGCUCUUCUCUGCUUUAGAGAAGACUUGUCACAAUUGCACUACAUGCAACACCAGCACAAUUUUGCAUCAGCAGUUUAGCUUCGGAAUUUCACAGAAAAAAACAACUACUUAACGUUGUGUGAACAAAAUGCACUCAAAAAUGAGGUAGAUUCCAGUGCAUCGUUUCUGUAUAUAAGUAAGUGUGCCAGUUUGCAUGCUCUAUGUAUUAUAAAAAAUCUUCAUCUUUUUAAGGACCAGCUGAUGACUCAGCAGGGUUGAAUACUUGUUAAAUAAGCAAUGAGGCAAAAACUUGUACAAAGGCCUUCUUGUCACAUUUCCAGUCCUUUUUUUUUUUUUUUUUUUUAAACAGGGGGUGUAUGCUGUUUUAUAUACUGUAAUAUGUUGGAGAUUUGAUUUGUGAAUGAAUUUGAUGUUAAUAAAUGUAUCUCUGUAACAAAAAUAUACUAGGAAGGCAGUACUUUUGUACAAAAGAACAUUUCAGUCUGACAAGUGGGUUAUACAGCCUUAUAAAUUAAUUUAUAAGUGGACUGACAGAACAGUAAUAAAGAUAAAACCUGUAAAUUGAACAAGGUUAUUUAACAUAGUAAAAAUACUGCUAAUAUUUUAACAAAAAUAUUAUUGUACACAGGCAGAUGUUUAAUACAUAACUGAAUGUGUAAAUGCAGACAUUAAUUAUAUUCAGAUUUUUUAAAUACAUUGUAUAUAUUUUUCAUACUUAGUUUUUCCAAAAAAUGUUGUAAUUUUUUUAAAGCUAUUUUUCAUUUUUCCUGUUCUCAGACACAGUUCUCCAGGAAUUAAAGACAGCCUGUGAUUUUUAUAGGACAACAAUAAAAUGCUUUUAAAUCUUUACUAAGAAAAGUUUCAGUUUUUUUCUUCAGAAAAACACCAGUUUAAUUGUUAAUGUCCUUCUUGUCAUUAAAAUUAAUUCUCCUCUUUAACCUGAGGGGGAUGUGGUCAAUUUCCUAAUCUGUAAAGAUAAAUAGGAUACAUAAUGCUGCUAUUUUGUAAACUAUCAAUCCACUGUACUUGUAUUCAUAAGAAUUUGGUGCAGCGACAUACAACACUUGCCUCUGCACUAGGUAAGAGUCCAUAGAGAUGUGUGGUAGAAGACAAGGAGCAAGUGGCCACAGGAAAUGGGAUAGGGGAACAGGGAAGUAGGAACAUGGUCACUGAUACGUGGUCACACUCCUCAAGUACCUUUGCUUUCUAGGAGCGUCUGAAAACCUGGCUCUGGGAUGAGGUACAUCUUGCAUGCCUGCCUCUUCUGGAAACUGCCUGACUGCACAGAAAAUAACUCAAAAUUAACUGGAUGGAAUGACUAAACAGGACUCAAGUGUAGAGCCCACACUCAAUGGAAAUGCUGGAUCCAGUUCUAACUCUGACUAUGGCUGCGUUAUUUAUUAGUUAAUUAAAAUACAAUAAUUGCAGAAGACUAACACAUCACUGCAAGCUGUAGGUUAAUAUAUAAAGACAGACCAUCCUUCAUACUAAGACUACACCAUAUCCAGGAGGAGCUGUAAGGCUUCAGCUCCCUAAGGUAUGCCGACACCUCGCACACAGUCUUACUUCAGCAGCCUCUGCACUACAGCUGUUUCCCUUUGAGCUCUAGGACGUUUGGGAGUAUUGUUUUAAAAUGCAGACAGGUAAAAAUAUUCAUGCAUAUUCGGUUACAAAAAGGCAGAGGUGGUGGUGUAUUUCAGCCUA